UUGGAGACCGGGGGCAGCGCCAUGUACCACAGUGGAUGGAAGGAUGCGCGGUGCGGCGGGGCAGCUGUCCUCUUCUCCCCGGACCCAGCGCUUGGAGCCCUGCAGGGUGGGCUGGGCCGGCCAAACUGCGUUCCUGGUGCAGGGCUUCGGGUCUCCCUAACAGACCUUAUACGCUGACCGGCAGCCGCCAUGGCAGUGUCUCUUUGCUCAGAGAUCCAGGGACGACCACACUCGUCCAACAGCGGUCGCUCCACCAAUCCUGGGAGAAGCGAAUCGUUUUCUCCGCGUGCCCUGUCAGCCGCUUAUGGUGCCCAGAGAGGAAUUUUAGUGGCAACAUUCCGGCUGUCACGCCACUGAAAUUGCCAGGCCACUCCAAGUCAGAAGGACCACCAGGAAAAGUCAGGAAGAGAACCACCAUCAGGUCCCAGCCUCUUUUUGUGACAAGGACUAAAGGGUUUGGGUCUGCAGUGGGCUGGCUCCCGCUGGGCCCACCUGUCCUAUAGAGCAGGCUGCCUCAAGAGAGAAGCUCACAGGGGACAUCUGACCUCUGAAACAGCAAGUGUAAAAUGCUUUAAAUAAGCCAAAACUAAACCAAUAGUUAUGUUAACUAAAAAUACAUGAAUGCUACCGAAGAUAGUCGAAUAUUAGAGGAAGAGAUUAAACUCUGAUUUUGAGCAUUUUAUGCUUUAUUCGGAAAAUGAGUAAGAUGCAGUUCUGAAAACCUGAAAAUACAAAGAAGAGGAUAUGAUACACACACUAGAUGAAAACAAAACUUUCAGAACAUGUUUUCUUAUUUACAGCUCUAAUAAGUGAGAUAGCAGAGUAAACUAUUCACUCAGAUAAUUAGUAACUAAUAUAAGGGUAUGUAUCAAUAACAGGUAUUGAGAUAAAAACUUUAUGAGCUUUUCCAUUUUAACAAGGGAUGAUGAUUCUAGACUUCUGCCACAACAUUAUGGUCGACAAAACAUUCUUAAUUCAUUUUACAUAGAUCUGACUCUAGAUUCUGAAACAGCAAGUCAUAAUCUUGUAUCUCUGAAGAUAGAAUACAGUGCGAUUUGGAAAGACACCGCAAAAACUCAUGAGCCAAAAAAGAUUAAGGCCGGUAUUACCAGGAGGAAGAGAAAGAGGACAAAAUCAAACCGGAUAGAUAUAAUAGUUUGUUAGAAUUGUCUUCCCAGGAGAUGGAAAAAGACGCCAUCACAAUAGGAUUCAUGCUUUAGUAUUCAGCUACAGAAAUCUAAUAACUUUGCCAAAGUAAUUACACUACAUAGAGUGGCAAUCGUUCUAUUAAAAGUAAGACCCAGUAAUGUUAGGAUUUUUUCUGAACAAUGAAGGGGAUGAGGUUUAAUCUUAUAACUUGAAUGCCAGGUCUCAUAUCUUUUCUUCAAGUGAUAUUUUUAUGAAACUACUUAGGCUGUGUUUCACACUGAGUGUGAUUUCUAACCUCUUAUAAUCUGUACAGUAAUAGAUUAUGAAGUAUGAAUUAUUUGAAAGCUAUUUUGUAUUAUUUAGGAGAGGAGCUCUUCAAUUCUGAAUUCUGUCUGCCACUUAUAAGCAGAAGAAAGUUUUUUUCUUUCAUUAUUUUAGCAACUAUCAAUAAAACAGUAUUAGAAAUGCCUACUCUUCAGAGAUGUAAGGGGAAUAAAUUGUAAAGUACUUUUGAUAUCUAAGAUGAAAGAUGGUAUUACACAGUCAAUAAUUCAAUGCUUUCCACAUUAUGAAUUUUAUCAAAAUUAUAUAGAGAGCUAUUAGUUCAGUCCAGCAACAAAACAGGCUUAUAUAAAAACAAAAACCUCCUGGGUCAUGCCAUCCUACACCAAAUUCCUGUUAAACAGAGGCAUGAUUUAUUCCAGUGACCUUGCUGUUUCUCCAUAACUGUAAUAUGUCUAAUGUCAGACAUUUUAAAUUAACAUUCUAUUAGGUAAACUGAGAAUUUAGGUCUCUCGCACCACCCAGGCACAUACUCUUAUCUUUACCCACAAAUAUCCAAAUAUGAUAAUAUAAUUGGAUUAAUAUGUUCAUACGACUAUAUAAUUGUUCACAGCUGAGCCACUUAGGUACUAUAAUUAUAAUUUCUUUGAUACACAAAUUUUGUUUUACUGUGAUUAAAAUUGCCUGAUUUCUUA